CAGGCAGGGCAGAGCGGCGUGAGCGAGCUAUAUAGGAAGGCAGAUAGUCUUGUAGCCAGCCGAAGCAGGUGAUCGCAUGGAACUUACUGGGAAAUGGAGGAAGGCCAUGCCGUACAUGGCCAUGGUCUUCUUGCAGUUUGGCUUCGCCGGGCUGUUCCUCAUCUCCGUCGCGUCGCUGCGGCAAGGCAUGAGCCACUACGUCCUGGUCGUAUACCGGAAUGCCGUAGCCGCCGUGGUCAUGGCGCCAUUCGCGCUCUGGUUCGAGAGGAAAACAAGGCCAAAAAUGACGCUUUCCGUGUUUUUCAAGAUUAUGGCUUUGGGGCUACUUGAGCCUGUGCUUGACCAAAACUUCUUCUAUAUGGGAGCCAAGAACACGUCGGCAAGCUUCUCAUCGGCACUGACAAACAUAUUGCCUGCUGUAACGUUUGUAAAUGCCAUCAUACUCAGGAUGGAGAGAAUAAGCAUCAAGGAACGACGGAGCCAGGCAAAAAUAGUUGGCACCCUGGUAACAGUGGGCGGAGCUAUGCUUAUGAUACUCUUCAAGGGCCCUGUCAUCAAUUUUCCAUGGACCAAGAAUGCCAAUUACAACGUCGCAGACAAUAGUGGCCAGAACAGUGGCCAUUGGCUUAUGGGUAUCUUCAUGAUUUUAUUAAGCUGCUUUUGUUGGUCUGCCUUCUUCAUUCUCCAAUCAUACACAUUAAGGAAUUACCCGGCCGAGCUCUCUCUAACCACACUGAUAUGCGCCAUGGGUGUAGCACAGAGUGGGGCGAUAGCCCUGGUUAUGGAGCGUGACAUGAAGGCUUGGUUAAUUGGCUUUGAUAUGAGGCUUUUUACUGCUGUCUACUCUGGAAUAAUGUGUUCUGGAGUAGCUUAUUAUGUGCAAGGCAUGGUUAUAAAGGAGAGGGGUCCAGUAUUCGUAACUGCUUUUAGCCCGCUCUGCAUGAUCAUAGUGACUAUUUUGGGUUCUUUCAUUCUUUCUGAGGUUGUUACCUUGGGAAGGGUUAUUGGUGCAAUAAUUAUUGUUGUGGGCUUGUAUGCUCUCAUCUGGGGCAAGAACAAGGACCAUGCCAACCAAGUUGAUCAAGAUGACAAUUUUGAGAAGCACAAAUCUUUUGAGCUACCAUUCUCCACUACUAAUGUUAACAAAACAAGUAAUCUUGAACACAUAUAACAGUCAUUAGGUAAUAACAAGGAAAGCUUCAGUAAUUUACUACAUGGUGACUUUCCUUGGUGAUGCAUGUAUCUUGUCGAUUUAACAAAGACUACCAAAGUAUUCCUGUCUAAUUUUAUGUGCAACGUAUAACUUAGAACUAUUACCUAUUUUACAUAUGUAGUGAAUGGAGUUUCAGGCCUAAGAUGUAUGGGUGUAUCAUGCUAUUUAA